CCUAGACUCUAGAGAAAGAAACAUUCUUCUCUCUGCAAACCCGUCUAACAAAAGGAUAAGAUGUGCACUGGCGCAAUGCUUUUAUUAAUAAGUGUGUUUCUGUUUUAUCACACAACUCCAGCUCUUCCCUCUCACAAUGGCUCGGUGCUCAUUCCUCGGACGUUCUCGGGUCACUUCAUCAUGGUGACUGAUGAACCUGUGGACUACGUUGACCUGUCUGCUGUUGAUGAUGUCAGCGGUGAUGGGGAUUCGGGCUCAGAACUGAAACCACAGUCCGUAAAAAGACACCACCAUCACCCCUCAAAACUCUAUUUUGUCUCAGAGGAAACCAAAGAGUUCCUCCAGGGUCACCUAGCAACAGCCCUCAUCCCAACCAUUUACACCCUGGUCUUCAUCAUCAGUGUGCCUCUCAACCUCGUUGCCGCAGUGAUGUUUGUUCAUCGGAUACGUCCCAGGAAGCCGGCUGUGAUCUACAUGCUGAACCUGGCCUGUUCUGACCUUCUAUUUGGUCUGCUCCUUCCCUUUAAAAUCACCUACCAUUACCACGGCAACAACUGGAUCUAUGGCUCCUUCCUGUGCCGUGCUGUCACAGCAGCAUUCCACUGCAACAUGUACUGCUCCGUGCUGCUCAUGACGUGCAUCGGUGCGGACCGCUUCCUGGCUGUGGUUUACCCCAUGAAGUCCCUGACGUGGCGCAGCCCCCAGACGGCUGCAGCUGUCUGUGCUGCCAUGUGGCUUGUGUCUCUGGGAGGAAUCUUCCCCCUUCUGAUCUCAGAUCAGACCAUCUACCUGUCAGACCUGGGAAUCACCACCUGCCACGACGUGCAGGAUGUGGAGAAGCUCCAGGCUUUCUAUCUCUACUUCUUUCCUAUCUACUCCUCUGUCUUUUUCUUCAUCCCUCUCAUCAUCACUGCUAUUUGUUACAUACGGGUCAUCCAGGCUCUGGCUGCGGCCAACGUGGACAACCGCUCCAAGAAGACCCGUGCUAUAGUGAUGACUGUGAUAGUGUUGCUUGUGUUUGUGGUCUGCUUCACUCCUACAAACGUCAUCCUGAUGGCUCACUACGUUCAGAUGUCCCACUCCUCCAACGAUUGCUCCUACAAGGCCUACCUGCUCUCCUUGUGUGUUAGCAGCAUCAGCUGCUGCCUGGAUCCGGUCCUGUACUACUACGGCUCUUCCCAGUGCCAGAAGCAGGUUACGGCUAUGCUCAGGUGUCGGAGGUUGACACGAGCAGACAGCAGCUCAGAAACACGCAGCUCAAGAACCAGUGGGUCCACCAUCAGCAGCCGGUCCAGCAAGAUGGAGAACAUUCAUGCCGGCCUGGGGAGCCAGUAUAACAGACUCAAUCUAAAGCACUGAGACACCUUUCAAACCAGAGUAGAAACCCCCGGCGUCCGUCCGUCCAUCCAUCCAUCCAUCCACUCCUGCUUAUCUGGUGUCGGGUCGUGGGUGCAGCAACCUAAGCAGGGAGGCCCAGACUUCCCUCUCCCUGGCCACUUCCUCCAGGGGAAUCCCAAGGCGUUCCCUGGCCAGCCGAGAGACAUAAUCCCUCCAGCAUGUCCUGGGUCUUCCAUUGGGUCUCCUCCUGGUUGGAUGUGCGUGGAAAACCUCAGGAGGCGUCCAGGAGGUAUCCUGACCAGAUGCUCCUCUCAAUGUGGAGGAGCAGCAGGUCUACUCCGAGCCCCUCCCAGAUGACUGAGCUUCUCACCCUAUCUAUAAGGAAGACAACAGCCACCCUGCAGAGAAACUAAUUUCGGCCGCUUGCAUCCACGAUCUUAUUCUUCCGGUCACUAAAGCUUACAGGUGAGGAUAGGAACGUGGAU